UUGAAAAAUGGGUGAGAAUUCGCAGUCUCAGACAACGCUCGAGAAACAUGACGAUGGUGAUGAAAGAGGGGUUAAGGAGAGUGGGAACGGAGAAUGCUCAAGGAGUCUUGAGGUGUAUUUUGGCGAUUACGCAAUGAUAAACAUGGGAGAAUUUUCAGGGUUUCCUCUGUCAUUUGAUGUUGGAAAUUCAAACCCUCCUAAUGAUGGCGACAAAGACAAGAUUCUGGGGCAGGAAGUUAUUACAAGACUUCAAAAUAAUGGUCACAAAGAUAAGACAUUUCUAAGGUUGGAACUUAUUGAAAGACUUCAGCACCGCACCAGAGGUUUAAGACGUUUAACUAGGAUACAUGGUGUGGACUUGACGAACGAAACUGAGGAUACAUGCCCCAGGAGAUCCAUAAAGAAAGAAAUAUUAGAAGAGGUGCUGGGAAUUUCUCAUCCCAUGGUGAGUCAAUCUGAGAAGGUUGUGGCACAUGAUGAGGAAAAUGAUGUAAAUGUGCUUGAAAAAGAGCCACGUUCUGGUGCAAGAAAGACUAGGUCUGCUAGUAGGAAGCUGAACACAGGAAAAAAAACUGUGCUUUCAUGGAUGAUUGAAACUGGAACAAUACGGCAACGUGAGAAGGUUCAUUAUAUGGAUCACAAAAAUGAACGUGCACUACUGAGUGGUGAAAUCUUUGGAGACGGAAUUCUGUGUGAUUGUUGUUUUCAAGUUGUGUCCAUUUCACAGUUUGAAGCCCAUUCAAGGAGGCAAAUAAUCUCUGAUGAUACAGUACUGGAGAAUAUGUCUGAGGAAUCUGAUCCACUGAAGAAUAUGUUCGAAGAGAGGAGAGGACGUUCUCUCUUGCAAUGCAUGGAAGAAGCAUGGAAUAGACAAGAUAAAUCUUCUGUUGGUAAAUUCUAUAACGAAGUUCGUGUUAGGGGGAGUGACUAUAACGAUGUUACUUGUAGUCUCUGUGGGAAACGUGGAGACCUUAUUUGUUGCGACACUUGCCCAUCAACUUUCCAUCAAAGCUGCUUGGAUAUACAAACACUUCCAUCAGGUGACUGGAACUGUAUCUAUUGCUGUUGCAAAUUUUGUGGGUUGUAUAAGCAAAUGGACAGCUUUCAGUUAUCCUCAUGCCGUCUAUGCGAGCAAAGAUAUCACCAAUCCUGUCUUGAGGCCACUGGAGCCAAUACUUCUCAUUCUAAACACUCAUCCUUAUGUGGAAACGGGUGUAAAGAGUUAUAUGAGAGACUUGAAAAGCUUCUUCGGGUUAAACAUAAUAUAGAAGAUGGAUUUUCUUGGUCUUUUAUUUGCCGGUCAGAUGUUGAUUCUAACGCCACGCAGAUAGAACCCCGUGUGGUUGAAUGUAAUGCCAAAAUCGCUGUUGCGUUAUCUGUAAUGUAUGAGGGCUUCAGGCCAUGCAUUGAUGAUGGAAGUGAGAUUAAUCUGAUCCACAGUGUUAUGUAUAAUUGUGGGUAA